AUGGGGAGACCAUCUUGCUGUUACAAAGUCGGUGUGAAUAAGGGAUCAUGGACUCCUGAAGAAGAUAUCGUCUUGACGUCUUAUAUUCAAGAACAUGGUCCUGGGAAUUGGAGAACUCUUCCUACCAAUACAGGGUUGCUCAGAUGUAGCAAGAGUUGCAGGCUUAGAUGGCCUAAUUACUUGAGGCCGGGGAUCCGAAGGGGUAACUUUACAGAACAUGAAGAGAAAAUGAUAAUCCACCUUCAAGCUCUUUUAGCCAACAGAUAGGCUGCAAAAGCAUCUUAGUUGCCGCAAAGGACAGACAAUGACAUUAAAAACUACUGGAACACUCAUCUGAAGAAGAAGCUGAAGAAACUCCAUGGCAAUGAAGGUUAUUGCAGAUAUGGGUUCCCAUCUGCAGCAGCAGCAGCGAGGGAGAGGGAGAGGGACGGGGGAGGGAUUUUUUAUUUAAUAUUAAUAGAAAUAUUAAAAUAAAUUUAUUUAAUUAUAUUUUAUUGAUAAAA